CUGGCGGCCAUGGCGCACCGCUGCCUGCUGCUCUGGGGCCGGGGCGGCUGCUGGCCCCGCGGCCUGCCCCCGCUGCUCGUGCCCGGCCGUGGCGCGGGACUCCGAGGGCGGCCCUGCCUCCGCACGCUUUACCGAUAUGCUACGACUCAGGCAACAGCCAGCAGAAACUCUUUUUUGACAGAUGUAAUUGCUGUUUAUCGAAGAUUCUGUUCUCGACCUCCAAAAGGGUUUGAAAAAUAUUUUCCUAAUGGAAAAAAUGGAAAAAAGCCUAGUGAAGCUAAAGAAGUUACAGGAGAAAAAAAAGAAUCAAAGCCAUCCGGUACUUCACGCCCUUCUGGAGGAGCUGGGGGUGGUGGAAAACGAGGUGGCAAGAAAGAUGAUUCUCAUUGGUGGUCCAGGUUUCAGAAGGGUGACUUUCCAUGGGAUGACAAAGAAUUCAGGAUGUACUUUCUCUGGACUGCUCUCUUUUGGGGUGGAGUCAUGUUUUACUUCCUGUUCAGGAGCUCAGGGAGAGAAAUCACAUGGAAGGACUUUGUCAAUAACUAUCUUUCCAAAGGAGUAGUGGACAGACUGGAAGUUGUCAAUAAGCGUUUUGUUCGUGUGACUUUCACUCCAGGAAAAACCCCUGUGGAUGGGCAAUAUGUCUGGUUUAAUAUUGGCAGCGUGGACACCUUUGAGCGAAAUCUGGAAACUUUGCAGCAGGAAUUGGGCAUUGAAGGGGAGAACCGGGUUCCUGUUGUCUACAUCGCUGAAAGUGAUGGUUCAUUUCUCCUGAGCAUGUUGCCCACGGUUCUCAUCAUUGCUUUCUUACUCUACACCAUCCGGAGAGGACCUGCUGGUAUUGGGCGAACAGGCCGGGGCAUGGGGGGACUCUUCAGCGUUGGAGAAACUACUGCCAAGGUCUUGAAAGACGAGAUAGAUGUGAAGUUCAAAGAUGUGGCUGGCUGUGAGGAGGCCAAGCUCGAGAUAAUGGAAUUUGUGAAUUUCUUGAAAAACCCAAAGCAGUAUCAAGACUUAGGAGCAAAAAUCCCAAAGGGUGCCAUUCUCACGGGUCCUCCAGGCACUGGAAAAACUCUGCUUGCCAAGGCCACGGCUGGAGAAGCCAAUGUGCCCUUCAUCACUGUCAGUGGAUCUGAGUUCCUGGAGAUGUUUGUUGGUGUGGGCCCAGCUAGAGUUCGAGAUUUGUUUUCCCUUGCUCGAAAGAAUGCCCCUUGCAUUCUGUUUAUUGAUGAAAUAGAUGCUGUGGGAAGGAAGAGAGGAAGAGGCAACUUUGGGGGGCAGAGUGAGCAGGAGAAUACACUCAAUCAGCUGCUUGUGGAAAUGGAUGGUUUUAAUACAACAACAAAUGUCGUCAUUCUGGCAGGCACCAACCGACCGGAUAUUCUAGACCCUGCGCUAAUGAGGCCCGGCCGCUUCGAUAGGCAGAUAUUUAUUGGACCACCAGAUAUAAAGGGAAGAGCCUCUAUUUUCAAAGUCCAUCUUAGACCGCUAAAAUUGGACAGUGCCCUAGAAAAGGAGAAACUUGCCAGAAAACUUGCAUCUUUAACUCCUGGAUUUUCAGGGGCUGAUGUUGCUAAUGUCUGUAAUGAAGCUGCUUUGAUUGCUGCAAGACACCUGGCAGAUGCCAUAAAUGAGAAACAUUUUGAACAAGCAAUUGAGCGGGUGAUUGGGGGCUUGGAGAAAAAAACUCAGGUUCUGCAGCCUGAGGAGAAGAAGACUGUGGCUUACCAUGAGGCAGGUCAUGCAGUGGCCGGCUGGUACCUAGAACAUGCGGAUCCACUUCUGAAGGUCUCCAUCAUCCCUCGAGGCAAAGGCCUGGGCUAUGCUCAGUAUCUGCCCAAGGAACAGUACCUGUAUACCAAAGAGCAGCUCCUUGACAGGAUGUGCAUGACACUGGGCGGCCGGGUGGCUGAAGAGAUCUUCUUCGGGAGGAUCACAACUGGUGCACAGGACGACCUCAGGAAAGUCACUCAGAGUGCAUAUGCACAGAUUGUUCAGUUUGGCAUGAAUGAGAAGGUCGGACAAAUCUCCUUUGAUCUCCCACGUCAGGGGGAUAUGGUGUUAGAGAAACCAUAUAGUGAAGCCACUGCAAGACUGAUUGAUGACGAAGUCCGGAUACUUAUUAAUGAAGCUCAUAAAAGAACAGUAGCUCUCCUCACAGAAAAGAAAGCUGAUGUGGAGAAGGUUGCUCUUUUACUAUUAGAAAAGGAAGUAUUAGAUAAGAAUGAUAUGGUGGAACUUUUGGGACCCCGACCGUUUGCCGAGAAAUCCACCUAUGAAGAAUUUGUCGAAGGCACUGGCAGCUUGGACGAAGACACUUCACUUCCUGAGGGCCUCAAGGACUGGAAUAAAGAGAGGGAAAAAGAAAAAGAAGAAACACCAGAAGAGAAAAUUGCCAACCAGAUCCAAGGAGGGUCGUCAUAGUGUGAUUUCAGUUUGAACUCUGGGCUUUCCCAGGAGAGUGAAAACACUGCCCAAGGGAUCUCAGCCAGAUGCUGACCUAGUUGAAGUGGUUGGGUGAGACAAGUCCUAGUCCUUCAUCUCAGAAGGCCUGGUGACCAGGGAAGAACGCAUGCCAGUGGAUGGUUGCUCCAUAUCUGGAGAAUUGGCUGCCCGGCAUCUACUGGGCACUUUGAGGGUCGUCAGGGAUGGACGGGACAGGUGGGCCUCCCUUGCCCUCCUUUCAUUCCUAUUUCCCCGAGUUCUCUCUGCAGAAAGGCUGUGAAAUUAAAUUGGAGUCCUGAUAAAAAUGAUUUUAUUUUACUUCCUAUUUUAAAGAUUGAAUCUAGAUGACACGUUGCUGUUGAGAUGGUUUUCUACAGAUAACUGUAACAUAUUUAAAAAUAUGAAUGUAUUGUGUAAAUAUGGCUUCUUUACAUCAAAAAAUAAAGUGUAAACUGUA